GGGUUUUCAACUGAAUUUGAAAUUGAAUUCUGGAACUUGAAGCUAUUGCUAAUUCAGAAUGACAUCUAAAAAAGAUGUGAAAAGUUUAGAGAAGGAUGGGAAAGUUGAUGCAAAAUGGGGGGAAGAUAGUAAAACAGAAACUUUGCUGAAAAUUUGCAUUGAAGAAAUAGAAGCGGGUAAUAGGCCAACUACCCACUUUAGUAAAGAAGGGUGGAAGAAUAUUACUGAAAAGUUUCAAAAGAAUACUGGAUAUGCUUAUGAUCACACUCAACUUAAAAAUAGAUGGGAUACAUUGAAAAGAGAGUUUUCAUCAUUUGUAAAGUUAGUGGAUAAGCAAACUGGAGUGGGAUGGGAUCAUGAAAAGAAAACUAUCUUGGCUGAUAAUGAUUGGUGGGCUGAAAAGAGUAAGGAGGAUCCAGAUAUUUUGAAAUGGAAAUAUGGAGGGCCUAAGUUUAUUGACUUGCUGGAUAAGUGUUUCAAAGGUGCCAUAGCUACUGGAUUCGCCCUUUACAAACCUUAUGAAGAGCAAUUACCAUGUGAAGGAUCAGCAUCUCUUUUUGAAGACGGUCGUGAGACUAACACAAUAACUGAGGAUGAAGGAGAUGGUGAUAGCUUUGAUGUUGGAAAUGAAGUACAAGCCAACCCAACACCAAGUUCUUCUAAAAAGAGAAAGAUUUCAGGAAAAGGAGAGAAAAUCGGGGCAACAGAGAAACUUCAACGAUCUCUUGAUCAUAUACUCGAUGGGUUUGGGACAAGCCAACAAGGACUUCCAAAAGACAAUGUUAGUUAUGCAAAAAGUUUGAAAAUGUUGGAUGAAUACUUUAAGGCUGUUAGAAUCCUUGCCAAUAAAGAAAAUAGGACAACAUUUUCUUACUUCAUGAAUACCUCCACUUCUGAUAUGGCUCUUGAUUGGAUAAAUACUUGUCCCGGAAAAAUAAUGCACGCGAUCGUUGAUAGGAUUGUAUGCUUCUUAGAAAAAACCAUUAGUAGUUGGAACUAUUAUGUUUUUAUUAUGGAACUAUUAUGUUUUUAUUAGCUUUAUGUAAUAUGAUAUUUGUCAAAAUUACUUUGAUGAAUUAGUAGUUGGAACUAUUGUGUUUUUAUUG